AAUAAAGAGUUGGAUGGACAAUUGGAGAAGGCAUUUACCAUGAGGGAAUUGGUUGAUGAGUGCAAGACAUUUUUCUUUGGUGGAUUUGAGACCACAUCACUUUCAAUCACAUGGACUUUGCUACUUCUAGCUUUGAAUGAAGAUUGGCAAAACCAAUUGAGAGAUGAAAUUAAAGAAGUGGUUGGCAACAUUGAAGAACUUGAUAUCAACUUGCUUGCUGAUUUAAAGAAGAUGAAAUGGGUGAUGAAUAAAGUAAUUAGACUCUACCCACCAUCUCCAAAUGUGCCAAGGGAAGUUAAGGAAGACAUUCAAGUAGAUAAUUUUAAGGUGCUUAAAGGGACCAACAUUUGGAUUGAUGUUGUAGCAAUCCAUCAUGACAUGACCAUUUAAUGUAGGAAGACAUUUGGAUUGAUGCCAACAAUUUCAAACCACAAAGGUUCAUGAAUGAUGCCAAUGGAGGAUGGAACCACACAAUGGGAUACUUGCCUUUUGGUUUUGGAGGGAGAACAUCUGUUGGUUGGAACUUGACCUUCAUGGAGUAUAAGAUAGUUUUAGCCCUACUUCUCUCUAAGUUUAAGUUUAAAGUAUCCCCUAAUUAUCACCAUUUUCCUACUAUCAUGUUGUCUCUAAGACCCUUUUUUUGUACUUCCUCUCAUAGUUCAACCAUUGUAGAAUGUUAACAUUUUCAUUGUCAUUUUUUUAUGUAAUAAACAUUCACAUUCUCAAUAUAAUUUAUAUGUUACAUUUUAUUAUUUUUCUCU